AUGGAUUCUAAAGCUGAGAAAGAUAAAGAUGACAACGAAAACCACAGCGACAGCGAGACGGGCCAUGAUUAUGAACCUGGUGAUCGUCCCCGCAUUUCCGCAGAAAACACGAUUAACGAGACUGUAUCCCGAAAAAGAACACGAAAUUCAACGAGCCAAUAUCAUCAGCAGCAAUAUCAGUCCAAAACGCAACAUGGGGUGGAGUUACAACGCAAAAGAAGUGUAAAGCAAGAUAAGGGCAAAAGUCAAAUGAUGUAUCAAAAAAGUAGGGAAUCCGAGAAACGAAAAGAAGAAAAAAAAGAAAAAGAAGAAGAUUCAGAACUGGAAAUUGAUCAUUAUUACCAAAACUAUGCAGGUCCAACAUUAUCGGAGUUAGAAGAUUCUGACUCUUCUGAGGAUGAUCAAGAAAAAAAUGUGGGUUACGAUAUGGCAAGUAACCCAGUUUACAAGAAAUCUGAGGUAAGUAAGGACGAUGGGUAUGAGCAGGUAAACCAGGGUCGACGGGUAUUCAAGAGCAUGACCAAGAAAAAUGCAGAGCAGCCUCAACAACAGAAGUUUAUCAAGCCAAAAGCACCACAGUUGCGAUCAUGGCAAUUGCUUACAGGUGCAAAUUUUCAAAAUCAACCGGGGAACUUUGCCAAUUUUGGUGCGAUUGGGAAUCCCAAGCCACUCCCGUCAUUUUCACAGUCAUAUCAGCGGCGACCACUUGCAGUGCACCCUGCACUAAGUGAUUCGAGCUCAGACGCAAAUAGCACCAUGUCAGACAACAUGGGAGAGUCAUCCAACACCACGACGAGCGAGUCUGAACUGACGCAGGAAAAUCUUUGGGGAAAAGGUGUGCACGUUACAUCUGGAAAGAAAGAGGAUACAGUGGAGCCACUGUCCAAGUUUUUCCCGGUGCAGGGGGGUACUAGUGGGUAUCCUGAUCCUAGCCAGUUUGGAGGUUUUGAAUUGCCUCAAAAACAGAAACAUGUUAAACGAGACUUUGAUUUCCCACCAGUCCCGUUUAAACCGUCUGGGUUUGGUACUCGAACGACCGCAUUGAAUGCUGAAGAAGGCGGUAUUGAGGCGUAUCUUCUUGAUGGCUCCACCGAGAUUGCAUCGAUGGAAGAGCUGAAUAUGCGGAUUUUAGCGUUUAGCAAGUAUUUGCAGAAAAUCACAAGCAGUCAAGUGUGUAAGCUAGAAGCCAUUUCAGAUGCCAACACACAUCACGAGUUGCAGCCACUAUUUGAAAACCGACUGUUUAAGGUAUCUUGGAUAGUUGCCCAGACCAAGUUCAACAAACGCGAAAAGGAAACGUUUAACGCAUGGCGUCUCAACAAACAGGUUCCCAAGCUACGACCGAAGGGCAACAGUGGAGCUUGGGAAGCAGCAGCAACAGCAGCAGCAACAGCAGCAGCAGCGGUGGCAGUGGCAGUGGCAGCAUCGGCAUCGGCAUCGGCAUCGGCAUCAGCAACUGCAACUUCAUCUGCAUCUGCAUCUGCAUCGGCAGCAUCUGCGUCGACGUCGACGUCAGUUGCAGCAGCAACAUUGUCCGAAACAUCAAUGGGAGCUGGAGCGUCAGUGGGAGGGUCGUUAUCCAAAACUUUGCAAAGACGGUCGCUGAGUUUGUUGUAUCCCUCAGAGCGAGUGACUCAAACAGACAUUAAGCAAUGGAACCGGCGGUACUAUGGAGAAUAUGGAGAUUUGUUGAAUGCGGUGGUGAAGGUACUUGCAUGCUACGAAGACAUUAUUGAUGAUGAUGAUAAUGAAGAUAAUGAAGAAGAAACAGAAACAGAGGGUGUAAAUAUUGGAAUGGAAAAGUUGGCAGAUCGAGAUCCAUACAAGUACUACAGCACUAGCACGACCAAGUAUCGUGUUGGACGCAAGACCAUGGACGUGGUGCGAGGUUACUACAAGACGCAGAUGAGGGUAACGUGUGCACAACAAAAGAUGGAAAUCUGCAAGAGGCAUAAUGAUGCUGUCAAGGAAAAUGCUGACAUUUCCAAGAGGAUUUUUGGUACAUUAUGA